UCCGGGGGGCAAUGAAGGGGUAUGAUGAGAGCUGGGACAGUUCUGCUGGCUGUGACAAACUGUCAGAUAUAAAUGCAUGCAAUUGAGUCGCAUCCUUCAGUUAUGUGUUUCUGAGAUCAGUCCUCCUUUAUCGCCGGCAGACGGGGGUCUCGCAUGUCUCAAGAUGAACAAACAGCCCAGUAAAGAGUCUUUGAAGGACAAAGUGAAGGGCAUCUUUGGUAUCAGUACAACCCGCCUCCAGAGCAAACAGGCAGAGAGCAAACCCUCCGAGUUUAUCAUCACUCUGGAAAUCUUGAAGGAGCUGACACCAGAGUGCGGUCUACAUCACAGGAUCAGGGUCAUCAACCUUGUGUGCGACCUCGCCAAAUCCAAGAAGUUUGAGGAAAAUGCGGUGGAGGCUCUGUGGAAGGCCGUGGAGGACAUGCUUCACCCUGAUCAGCCGCCAGAGGCCCGACAUGCGGUGCUGGUUCUGUUGAGGGCUAUCAUACAGGGACAGGGCGAGAGGGUGGGUCAACUUCGGGCGUACUUCUUCAAGAUCAUUUUGGACUAUCAACCCUACAAUGAGGACCUUCCUGAGAGGCUGGAGGUGUUUAAAGCCCUCACAGAAAACGGGAAAGACAUCACCUACCUAGAGGAGGAGUUAGCUCGAUUUGUCUUGCUCUGGAUGGACAUCGGCUUGUCUUCUGAUUUCCUGCACGUGCUUGUCAACCUGGUCAAAUUCAACUCCUGCUAUCUGGAUGAGAACGUCUCCUUGAUGGUUCAGAAAAUUUGUCUUUUGUGCAACCGGACGACUUCUUCCACAGAUAUUGAGGUUGCGUUGCAGGUGCUGGACGCUGUGGUGUGUUAUAACUGCCUGCCCUCUGAUUCGCUGACGGUUUUCAUCAUCACGCUUUGUCGAACAGUAAACGUGAAGGAAUUCUGCGAGUCCUGCUGGAAGUUAAUGCGUAAGGUGUUGGGAACUCACCUGGGUCACAGUGCCAUUUAUACCAUGUGCCGUAUCAUGGAGGAGAGGGUGUACUCUGAAGACGCGGCUCUUUUGAGGGGCGCUGUGUUUUUUGUUGGUAUGGCGCUGUGGGGAGCUCACAGGCUUCCCGCUCUCAAAAACACCCCCACGCUGGUUCUGCCUUCAUUUCAUAAGGCCAUGAACUGUGCCAAUGAGGUAGUGUCAUAUGAAAUCGUGCUGUCAAUCACACGACUGAUCAAGAAGUACGGCCGAGACCUGCAGGUGGUGACGUGGGAUAUACUGCUUUCCAUUAUCGAGAGACUUCUUCAACAGAUACAGACGAUGGGCAGUUCGGAUCUGAAGGUGAUCGUUUAUGAGCUAUUGAGUACGAUUGAGGAGCUCUACGAGCAGUGUGACUUUCACGGAUCCUCGCAGAGAUUCUUCAACCUGGUGGAGAAGUGUGCUGAUAAAAGACCAGAUAUAUCGGUGUUGACGCUGAUUUCCUACAGAGCACAGUCCAUUCAGCCAGCGAAGGACGGAUGGCUUCAAAACCUUUUGAAACUAAUGGAGAAAUUCUUCAGGAACGAGAGCCGGACCUUGAUCAGGAUCAAGGUCUUGGACAUCCUGUCCUUUGUACUCAGCACAAACCGCCAACUCUAUGAAGAGGAGCUGAUUGAGGUGGUGGUGAUUCCUCAGCUUGGUCAGGUCGCUGAAGAUCGAGAUCUGUGCGUCAGGAAACAGGCCACGCAGCUGUUGGUGGAUCUUGCCGAAGGUUGUAACACCCAUCACUUUGGCAGCCUGCUGGACAUCAUUGAAAGGGUGGCUAGUCGUCCAUUAACAUGCUCAAUGGAUGGAGAGAGAGAUCUGUCUGUGGAGUCAUCCAUGGAGGAUGUGAGAACCGCCGUUUUUGGUCUGCUCGAGAUACUGCAGAGUAAACUGUACAGUCUGCCCGCCAUUCAUGCCAGUCGAGUGUACGAGCUGCUGAUAUCUCACCUGCAACUUCACUACAGGAACAAAUACUGCAGUGCCAUCGCCAGCUCUGUACGACUAAAGGUCUUUGAUUACUUGUUGAUGAUGAGGGCUGACUUUCUUCAUCGGCUGGGAGUGCCAAAUAAAGACAGAGUCAUGAGAUUCAGCCCGUAUUGCCACUGUGAUUUGGGAGAGUCUGAAAAAAGAGUGACAGAUAAGAAGCCAGCAGGAACUGUCUCCCCGCCGGCAGGAAGUCCCACACCGGUGGCCCCGCCCUCCUCCAUUCGCACCGCGUAUCUGCCCUACAGCCUAGUCUUCAAUGUGUUACUGCAGUGUUUGAAGAUGGAGACGGAUUGGAAAGUUCUGAAGUUGGUUCUGGAUAAGAUGUCCUGCACCAUACAGAACAAAGUUCUGAUACUGACAUCACCGUGCAACAUCGACCACCUCUGCUCGACUCUCUGCUCGAUGGUAACAGAUCGUCUCAUAUCCGAGCGUUUGAGAAAGACUCCCGAUGGCUUCUCCCUGACCGACGUUCAGCUCGCUGUGGUUCCCGUUCUAACUGCCCUCACCUCGUACCACAGUUAUCUAGAACAGCCCAGACAGAGGGAGCUGGUUCAGUGUUUGGAGAAGGGCUUGAUUUAUCGCUGUGCUAAGCAGUGCGUGGUCGCUCUGACCAUGUGCACCGUGGAGAUGCCCGACAUCAUGAUCAAACUCCUCCCCGCCCUCAUCGUCAAGCUCACGCACAUCUCGGCGACCGUUGCCAUGGCAUCGCCCAUGCUGGAGUUCCUGUCCACAUUGGUGCGGCUUCCACACCUGUACGCUAACUUUGUAGCUGAGCAGUAUGUUAGCGUGUUUGCUAUAUCGCUGCCAUACACCAACCCCUCAAAGUUUAAUCAGUACAUAGUAUCUUUAGCCCAUCAUGUGAUCGCCAUGUGGUUCAUCCGCUGCCGGCUGCCGUUCAGAAAAGACUUUGUUCAGUACAUCACCAAGGGUCUCCGUUCAAAUGCUCUCCUGCCGUUUGAUGACACACACGAGCAGAGCAGUUUCAGAGCCCGCAGCACCAGUCUGAACGAGAGACCCAAGAGUUUGCGGACGACCAAAGUGGUGAAGCAAGGCCCCAGCGCAAACUCGCCUGUUAAAGAGCUGAAAGAUCUGUCGGCCAUGGACGCCUUCCGCUCACGAAGCAUCAGUGUGUCCGAGCAUGCGGUGCGCAGGAUGCAGACGUCCAGUACCACCUGUAGCCUGGGCUCAGCUGAUGAGAAUGCGGUGAUGCAAGCGGAUGACGCGUUGAAGACCGUUCAUCUGGAGCUGACGGAGACCUGCCUGGACAUGAUGGCACGAUACGUCUUCUCGAACUUCUCCGCCUUGCCCAAGAGGUCUCCCAUCGCAGAGUUUCUGUUAUCCGGUGGACCUAGUAUGACAUGGCUUGUUGGGAAUAAAUUGGUCACCAUAACAACCAGCGGUGGGUCUCGAACGCAAGCCCUGCUGGGUUUGGACAUGACGGAGCGACCCGUAGGAGGAGAAAAGACCAGGUCAGACCCGUCACUGCACACCCGCCAGACCAAAGAAGCUCCAGCUAAACUUGAGUCCCAGUCCGGCCAGCAGAUCAACACAAACACACGAACCCGAGUCCGCUCCAUAUCAGGAGGUCACGCUCUACGGGCCGGCCCAGCUCAGAGUCUCAGUCCACUGGUGGCGUCUCCUGAAGGAGAGUACAGUGGCCCGUUGCCUCUGCCCGGCCCCCCGCUGGAGGUCCUGGGGUCCCACAGGGGAGGAGAAGACCACCAUCUACCCUCAACCUCUCAUUCCUCCCCUCCCCUAAAAGACAAGUCAAUCUUGGCAGAGUUUGUGCCCAUGUUGACGCAGGGUUGGGCCGAGAUCUUCAUCGCAGACCCUCAGGUAUUUGUUGUUCAUCUAUCCUCAGGUAACACCAGCUGGCUGAUGUGUUUGGAGAAUCCCCCGAGCCCCUUCUCCUCCGAGUUGGGUAACCUUCCCCUGCAGGAGCUGUCCACCGUGCUGAUGGCCAUGGAUGGGGUGAAGGAACCCCAGGCCGAUGCCCCCGCUACCCCCGCUGAAGUGCCCCCACCCCAGAGCAAACCCUGCCUCAUUCAGCGCUCCAAUACAGUGGGCGCUCUUUGCUCGUUCUGCCCCUCCGAUAUGCCUGGCAGGUUUCACAGGAGUAUUUCCUGGGCAGACUCUGAGGUUUUGGAAGAAGGAUUGCGGAGCAAAGCGACGAUCUCAGCGUCGAACUCUCAAGAGGUGGAGGAGUUUGAGGCCAUGCCGUCUGACCCCAUUUUCAUCGGUACUGAGAAGACGUCGGCCAGCAGGCUCAGCCGGUCCUCUUCAACAUCCAGUCAGGACGAUGAGAAGUCCACCCUUGAGGAAGUGAGCGAGGGCGGUAUCCCCAUCGAUCAACCGCCUUUGAACCUCUCCACCCCUGAAGCCCAAGACUCCGACCUCAGCUUCUCUCAUACCACAACCCUCAAUAAAUCCAGCUCCUCACCAGAACUCCAGACGCUGCCCGAAGCCUUCACCAAAGCCACGGUCCUGAGCGCCGCGGUCGAAGAUGCUCUCUGCAUCAAGGCCCACGCUCCUCCUGAAAGAGAUGUCCCGGGAGAAGCCGUUUGGCACGGAGAGAGUGUCGCAUCCAGCACCAGCGCGUCCAUAUCGUCUUCAUCCACAUCUAGAAUGAAACUAGAGUUCCCCACUUCCCAGCCGGGACCAGUGUCUCCCACCGGACACAGACCCCGCGGACACACCAUUUCUGUCUCCGCGCCGUCAUCCCGCAGGGAGAGAAAGUCAGACAGAGACUCGUACCACAAUCGCGGAGGUUCGACCAAUGCUGAGAAGAACACAGGACUCAGUCCAAGCUUUGUCUUCCUGCAGCUCUAUCACUCACCAUUCUUUGGAAAUGAGGCCAACAAGCCCCUCCUGCUGCCCAAAUCUCAGCUGAUAGAUCGUGCUGUUAAAGUCUUGGAUCAGAUGCCUCCGUAUGACACGCACAAGAUCGGUGUGGUGUUUGUUGGAGCUGGUCAGGCAAAUCAUGAGGUGUCCAUCCUGUCCAACGAGUACGGAUCAAACCGGUACGCGCAGUUCCUCACGGGCCUGGGCAAACUCAUCCACCUGAAGGACUGUGAUCCAGACCAGAUCUUUCUGGGUGGACUCGAUCAGUACGGAGACGACGGCGAGUUCACCUACUGCUGGCACGAUGACAUCAUGCAGGCGAUUUUCCACAUAGCCACUCUCAUGCCGAACCGAGAGAGCGACAAGGGCUGCUGUAAUAAGAAACGCCACAUCGGCAACGACUUUGUCGUCGUGGUUUACAACGACUCGGGCGAAGAAUAUAAACUAGGCACUAUUAAGGGUCAGUUCAACUUUGUUGAAGUUGUGAUAAAGCCGCUGGACUAUGAGAGUAACCUGGUCACGCUGCAGUGCCGCAAAGAUCUGGAGGGUUUGGUUGACACCAGCGUGGCAAAGAUCGUGUCUGACCGGAAUCUUCCUCUGCUCGUGAGACAAAUGGCUCUGCAUGCCAAUAUGGCGUCGUUGGUGCACCAGUGCAGGGCGAACCCAUCUGACGCCUACGCUUCAAAAUGGCUAGCGAGACUAAGACACAUCAAAAGACUCCGAACACGGGCUCAAGAGGAAAUUCAGUCCCGUCCCACUCCUGGAAUCUCCCUUACGCAGAGCCACGCCCCCAUGCAGAAUAAACCCACCCACCAGCCAUCGGGUCCGCCCACAAACCAUGAUGCUGGUCAGAGGAAGAGGCUGAUGUCCACGGUCGAUGACUUCACAGACUUUGUUUAGACGGAGAGCUUUGAUGUUUUUAACAGAGGCUUUGCUUUCAUCUGCUGACUUCACUUCAGCGCUGGUGUUAAUAAAAUAUGAUCACUUGAAAAAAAUAAAAGUUUAAGGAUCUUUCUGUAACAUGUAUGCAUUUGGCAGACGCUUUUAUCAAAAGCGACUUGCAUUGCAUUAUUCUAUACAUGUAACGCUACAUUUGUCGAGUAUGUGCAAUCCCUGGGAUCGAACCCAUGACCUUGGCAUCGCUAGCGCCAUGCUCUUUGCACUGAGCUGCAGGAAAGCUUGUACGAGGAGGUGAUCACUUCGGAAAGUGCUUUGUGCUGUAAAGAGAGAUUUAAAAUUUCUCUUGACGGUGGAUUUGAAGUCGCACGCUGUUCAGAUGGCAAACCGACUUAAGCAUAACAGUCAAACUGCACACUUGCACACACGGUUGACAUGCUUGUGUUCAUCAAACAUGUCUUGGCCGAGGGAAAAUUCACAAUCUUAUCAUUUUUGACACUUGCUCUUUUUCUCUAUGUUAAAGUGAAAUGUCUGCUUUAAACCAUCCACAAAACAGUGCCAACAAAACUGAAAUGGACCUAAGUCACACACAUGGUAAAGUUUUAGUCGUCUGCUGAAAGAACAGCUCUAUGAAUUCUGUAAGGAAACUGUGACUGAUGUAAAGGCUUCUAUUUUGAUUUCCGUUGAUUUAUUUUUGUUUGUUGUGCGUCCGAUGAUGUUGUUGCGAAUGACUUUCUAACAAAACAAGUUUGCAGAAACAAACGCUUUAACAUAAAACUGUGUAACGGACAAGUGUGUGUGCAUGCGUGAGCUUUGCUACCAAAUAAAACACUAAAACGCAGAA